UGAUCUGAGACAAAAGGUCAGUUUUUAUUGUUAAUAGAAACUUGUUUUGUAAUUAGUUUUUUGAAUGUGAAAUGUGAAAGUCUAUGUGAUAAGGGUCUUGCGUCCAUUGGUGUGAACAUGUGACGGUUUUCCUUGAUCGAAAAAACUUAUAACCAUCGGUAAAUUUUCACAUCUGCUUUGUUGAAAAUGUACUCUUACACAUUGUUUAGUUUUUUGGUGAUCCUCUUAAGCUUCGUUAUUGUUGAUAUAAUCUGUGGAGAUGUAACUAACGUUAGGCAGGCCGCUGUUGCACCCCGAAACGGGAGCGUAAUUAAAAGUACCACUCCUUGGCCAUCACUUGGUCAAACACCCAAUAGACGCAUGGUGAAUAGGCGCCCCACCCAGGGUACCGCUCCAAAGUGGAUCCAACAAAACAACAUUUGGAUUAAAAAUGAACAGGCACAGGCAGCUUCCGCCCAAAGCCAAAUAAGCGGCACAGAAAAAAACAGUAACAACAAUGGUGCUGCCGCCAAUGGCGCCAUAAUUAGUAAUCCCAAGCAACAAAGGUUAAGUCAGAACAAUCCCGAUUCAGGGACUACUGCCAAAUCGGCGUCUCAAAUCACAAAAAUUGACGAUAACCAAACCAAACCCUCGUAUUCUGGCAUCAUUCGACAGAACUCGGCGAACAAUUUCCCGGCGACGCCCGCGACCCCUGAAGGCAGUCGUCGAGGUUUCGUGAAAAAUUCUCCCACUCCAGUCGUGGGUGGUCAAACCCUACCAAAUGUUUCUCCCUCAGGGCCGGGUACAGAAGUUGAUGCUCCUGAUGAGGUUGUCGAAAAGCCGACGAGCGGCGACUCAGCUGUCACAGAUGAUGAGUUGCGAGAAUUUUCCGAAACGCUGCUGAAAAAAGACCUUAACAACGCGGCAAAAUAUGUCGUGGCGAAUUUUCAAGGCAUGACCAGCUCCAGGUCGGAAAGGGAUGAAGCUCUGCAACCACUCCUUGUGGUCGACCCUGCCGCUUACAAAAUCCCCUCCGUCGAAAAAAUGGCGCUGUUGUUCAACAAUUACUUCCUCGAUGCAGGUCAAAAUGAGGUCUACACUGGCCAGGAACGCAUUGAGGAGAAUAACCUGCUUGAUACUGUUCUGGCAACCCCUGUGAUGCAAUUCGCAAGAAGUUUUCUAAUCCAGAAAGGCAAGAUCGGCAAAGAUCCGCGGGAGUUUAAAGAUUUGCUGCGGCUGAUAUGGUUUAAUAUGUACUCGAGGGGUGGUGGACGGAUUGGUUCAAGCGGAUUCGAGCAUGUAUUUCUCGCGGAACUCAAAAACAACAUGGUUUCCGGUCUGCACAACUGGCUGUACUUCAGUGAAGAGGAGAAAGAGAACAGGGCGAACUAUUUGGGUUACAUGAAGAAAAUUGACUUGGGAAACAAAGGAUCUAUUUUAAAGUACCACUUUACCUUCCAUGGGGUGGACAAACCCGUGGGCUCAAUGUUUAUUGGAACCAGUCCCGAGUUGGAGAUGGCAUUGUAUUCAACUUGUUUCUUGUUAAGAGCUGAUAAAAUAUGUCCAUUGAAAAUGAAUGGCAAUCGAUUUAUUAUAAGAACUUAUAGUUAUCGGUACAGGGGAAAGAAUAUGAUCGGAAGCGCUUUUCCAGAGAUUUAGGUAAAUUUUCACUAUACUCGCUGGUUGUGAAGUACGGAAAUUUUUUAAAAAUGUUAAGGUAGCUUUUUCUCAAGUGCCAAAAUUUAGAUUUUUUGAUCCUGCUCUAUUUUUGUAUGUUAAAUAUAUGUUAAACAUGGCAUGAUUGUUUUACUUUAAUGCAGAGUCAAACAAGUUUUGGCACACCCCACCACUUAGGUUGGUCCGAAUUAUAAAAGAAAACUUUGACAGUAAGUAAAAAAGAAAUGCUUCAUUUCAGAGGUAUAAGGUGUUG